AUGAACUAUCCCUCCACGGCCAUGGGACCAGCCAAAAUCAUCCAGCUAGACGGCCAUGAAAUCAGAGCAACAAAGGUCGAGCAUCUAGAUCCAUGUCGAACAGUGUACCGCUUCCACCUUGAACAAAACUCAUAUCGACAUAUGAUCCCAGAAACAGCCACAUCUAUCAUCAUCAAGCAACAAAAGGAGGACUGGGAAGAAGAAUUUGAAGAUGAAAAAACAGCCUACACCAAACUAAAGAGCCUCCAGGGGGAAGUGAUUCCAUACUUCUACGGCGAGGGGUACUACGAUGGCCUACCUGCACUUUUAUUAUCAGACAUCCGUGGGAUUACUUUAGAUGAUCUGGCUCGCAGCAACGAAAAAGUCCCUGAGAAGCUGAUAAAGUCUUAUCUGGAAGAUGUCUUUGAAAAGCUUUCGACGUAUGAAGCUUUUUAUCUAGAUCAGAAACUGGAUAACUUUAUACUAUGUGGUGAUCAGGAGCAUGGGUAUAGUAAGGUGAUGGCUGUUGAUCUCGAGCAGGUUGAAAUUCCGGAUCAAGUUCGUCCGUGGCAUUGGUCUAUCAAUCAGGAGGGGGCAAGGUCUUUGAUGGAGGAGUUAAGGUAUAGACGGAAUCUGAAGCACGAGUCAGCUCCGCUUGAGAUGUGGAAGAUUGGACAUGAUAAGGGUGUUUCAUAG